AUGCGUUUUGCCGCCCUUUCCACAACACUUCUGGCUCUGGCUGUGAACGCCUUGCCAGUCGAUACCGAUAACACCUCUGCCCUCGAUAUUACCUUGAGCCGUGUCAGCGACACCCGCAUCAAGGCUGUCGUGAAGAACGCUGGCAACGAGGAUGUCACGUUUGUUCAUCUCAACUUCUUCCGUGACAGCGCACCGGUGAAGAAGGUCAAUGUCUUCAAGAACGAUGCUGAGGUCGCUUUCGAGGGAAUCAAGCGUCGAUUCGUCCUCAAGGGUCUCACCAAGGAAUCUCUUACUUCCCUUGCUGCAGGAGAAACCUUCGAGGAUGAAUUCGACAUUGCCGCUACCACUGACUUGUCGGGUGGAGGUCCAUUGACUCUCCAGUCUACCGGCCUGGUGCCCCUAGUCACCGAUGGUGAAGUCACUGGCUAUCUCCCAUAUCGUUCCAAUGAUCUCAAGAUCGAGGUUGACGGUGCCAAGGCAUCCCAAGUCCUAAAGGCUAUCAAGCCGCUCGAUCGUCGUGCCCUUCAAUCCUGCAGUGAUUCGAGCAAGAAGUCUGCUCUUAACACUGCUCUCAAGAACACUGUCAAGCUCGCAAAUGCUGCCGCCACGGCUGCUACUUCUGGAUCUGCAUCCAAGUUCCAAGAGUACUUCAAGACUACCAGCACCGCCACGCGCAAGGUCGUGGCUAAUCGCCUCAAGGCUGUGGCAGCGGAGGCGGGCUCAGUCUCUGCUACCAAGUACUACUGCUCAGACACCUUGGGAUACUGCGAGCCCAAUGUCUUGGCUUACACUUUGCCAUCUCAAAACGUGAUCGCCAAUUGCGAUAUCUACUACAGCGACCUCCCAGCAUUGGCUAACAAAUGCCACGCUCAAGAUCAAGCAACCACCACUCUUCACGAGUUCACCCAUGCUCCAGGAGUCUACAGCCCUGGAACUGAUGACUUGGGAUACGGAUAUGAUGCUGCGACAGGCCUCAGCAGUGCAGAUGCUGUGAUGAACGCUGACUCGUAUGCCUUGUAUGCCAAUGGUUAG